AUGGCGGCGCCCACAAUUCCCAUGAUUGCCGUGGUGGCUUCCUCUCGGGCCGUCAUCUCCGGCCGUCUGACCUCGGCCACCAUCAUCAUCUCUCGCACCACGGGCAAGAUCACCGCCGUGAUUGAUUCCGUCAUUCCGGCGUCGGAGUUCCCAGAAGGGGUUCCCUACACUGACUAUUCCCCCUACGUCCUGCUGCCAGGAUUGGUGGAUGCCCACGUCCACCUGAAUGAGCCAGGGCGAACGGAAUGGGAGGGAUUCUAUACCGGCACCCAAGCUGCGGCCUUUGGGGGUGUGACCACCGUGAUUGAUAUGCCCUUGAACGCCAUCCCCCCAACCACCACAGUAGCCAAUUUCAAGGAGAAGCUUGCUGCCGCUCAGGGCAAGUGCUGGGUCGAUGUGGGCUUUUACGGUGGUAUCAUUCCCGGCAACGCCGGAGAUUUGAAGGGCCUGGUGGAGGCGGGUGUCCGUGGCUUCAAAGGGUUCUUGAUCGACAGUGGUGUGGAUGAAUUCCCGGCGGUCAGUCAAAAGGACAUCGCACUCGCCAUGGCAGAGCUGGCAGAUCAGCCAACGACUCUGAUGUUCCAUGCCGAGAUGAUUCCUCCCAUCACUGCCUCUGUCGGGGACACGUCUCAAACGUCAGAGCCCCCCUCGGCGCCGGCGGGCCCGCUCGAGGCCUACUCGACCUUUUUGGCUUCUCGCCCUUCCGCCUUUGAGACCUGCGCCAUUGGCGAGAUCCUGUCGUUGGCCCACCUGGCUCCGAACCUCCAAUUACACAUUGUCCAUCUCUCUGCCAUGGAGGGUAUUCCACUGCUUCGGGAGGCCCGCGCCAAGGGCAUCAAGAUCACCGCCGAGACCUGUUUCCACUAUCUCUCCCUGGCUGCUGAGCAGAUCCGGGAUGGCGAUACUCGUCACAAGUGCUGCCCACCCAUCCGAUCCCAACUGAACCAGGAUGGUCUCUGGACUGAGCUCGAGAAGCAUGCCAAUGACGGUGUCAUCCAAACCGUUGUCUCGGACCACUCGCCUUGCACACCUAACCUGAAGCUUCUCCCGGCCCAUGUGCCGGGCCACUGCGCACCGGAAGGUGAUGCCAAGGUUGCCGAGCACACCGGCAACUUCUUCUCGGCCUGGGGUGGUAUCUCAUCUGUGGGCAUGGGACUGCCCAUCCUCUGGACGGAGUUGAGCCGUCGCAAGGGUCUCACCCCGUCUCCCAACGAUGAGAACACUCGCAAUGCCCUGCAGGACAUUGUCCGUCUUUGCUGUGCCAACACCGCUGCCCAGGUUGGUCUCCAGAGCCACAAAGGUGAUCUAGCCGUGGGCUUUGACGCCGAUAUCUGCGUCUUUGAUGACUCGGCCGAGUGGGUGGUUGAGCCGAGCACGAUGCUCUUCCGCAACAAGUGCUCUCCCUAUCAGGGGCGCACCAUGCGCGGGAUGGUCCGCGAGACCUGGUUGCGUGGCGAACGGAUCUUUACUCGUGAAGCGGGCUUCGUCGAGAGCAAACCGUCGGGCAAGUUGCUACUGGAGAAGCGAGUCUGA